AUGGGCGAGAGUCGAUCGCAGGACGGUAUCGACGAUGAGAAAAAUGAGACGCGCGGCUCGGAGCCUAAAAUGGACGAAUUUGGACGACAGGUAUCAAAGGUGUCGCAAGAACGAUUUUCGAAUCGAUCUCGGGGCAACUUGAAGGAAGGGGAAGGAGGUAAAACCCGACUUCUGAACGCCUAUGGGCUUACGCCAUCGACGGUCCCUCCGUUUGCCCUAGAUGAGGAGCUGAAAUCCCCUCGUCUUCGAAUUCCACAAAACCAAGAUCAAACAACACAGCCCACUGGGAACAAGCAACAGCAACAUCAACAUCAAAAUCAACAGCAGCUGGGGCCUUUCUGUAAAGAUCCGUUUCUGGUAUCUCAUAAUGGAAACUGGGGUCCUUUCGUGGAAAAUGUCGGAUCUAAUGUCUCCUAUUUACACAAGGCGGCAGACGAAAGUGAAGUCGGCCAAAAUUAUAACAAUUUAGCUGGUGUAUCAUCUAGUGACUCUUCGAAAGGCGAGACGUCAUCAUCGAGCGACGAACCCAAGCAAGGGAGGGCUUCUAAGACAAAAACUUCUUUGGAAGCCAACGACCAACUACCACCGACAUUCCCCCCUCCUUCCAAGAACGUUUUAGCAGAUUUAAGUGGCUCCUGGGGUGGAAGCGAGAGGCUCAAUGCUAUUUUUAAUGGACCGCUCUUAGACAGCCACAAAUUCACCAAUAAUCAGGAUCGUCAAGACUGGACAGAGUAUCUAGAGUCCGUUAAAGCAUUCUACUAUCGAGAAGGCCCGCUGAAUCGUGAUCUUGAAGCCGGCUUGCAAGGUGAAGGCGCUUUAACCGAUGGCAAUGACAAUGACAACAAUAAACUACACUCAUUUUUAGAGAAACAACGAACAGAAUUCAAACAAAAGAGGAAGCACUGGAGACAACUUGAACGACAGAAAAAACAAAAAUGGGUUCCAACUUUGCGAAAGGUUCUACUAGAUAAUCAGUAUCUGCCUCUGGGGUUGCGAAUGUUAAUUGUGAUACUGAGUAUCAUUGCUCUGGCCUUGGCCAUUAGAAUCUACCAAAAUUCUAACUCGCGAAUAGAGCAGUUAGAUUCACGCAUUCCUCAGCAAGCAAGUACUAUCAUGGCCUUGUGCGUAAAUUCCAUCGCCGUACUGUACUUAUUCUACAUCUCAUACGACGAAUUUUCAGGCAAGCCACUAGGUUUGAGAAAUCCAUUCGGCAAAAUGAGAUUGAUUCUUCUGGACAUGUUGUUCAUCAUAUUCUCAAGCGCGAAUCUUGCACUGACGUUCAACACGCUAUACGACCGGCAAUGGGUAUGUACACCCGGUGAAUAUACCUCAACAGAGGUCCCGAAGAUAGACUACAUCUGUAGAAAACAACGGGCACUCGCUUCGUUUUUGUUUGUGGUGCUAUUCAUGUGGGUUGUGACAUUCGCCUUAAGUAUUCUCAGAGUCGUUGAAAAAAUGAACUCCAGCUCGGCGAGGUGA